CCCGGCCGGGGUCAGAGGCAGGGCCAAGCUCUCUCCCACACAGCCGCCACUCGAGGAGGCGGGGGUGGUGAACAAACCGAGAGGGGCUUGACUUUGCUGGGGGAACGGAGGGCAUCAGUGCCUGGCCAGUCCUGGGCAAAUCGCCUCCUUUCUUCCCAGCCAGUGCCCAACAGAUCCCGCGACCCCGCCCCCCCCAAGUGCUGUCCCGCUGCCCCCUCCAGACUGUGCCCUGGCCGCCCCAACUCCCCCCUCCUCCACACUGCGGAGGUGAAAGCCAGUGCUAAUCCAGGUCAAUGUCUCCCACCCUUGGGAGGGCUGUAACAGAUGAUGGGGGGGGGGGAGAGACCCAAACAACAACAAACAAAAAGCCCCCUCCCCAACACACACAAUCAUAAUAAAGUCCAGUUCCUUUCCACCCGCUCCCAACUUUAGCCCUGGCUGCUGCCCGGGGGGUUUUAAUCUUACAAAGAGAAAGGGGGGCUCCCUGCGCAAAAUUACGCCUUCUCCUCUCAUUUGUUAGCUGAUUCCAUCAAAAAGUUCGCUAUUUAUAGGCUACACACAGGGAGCCGGAGGAAUGCAAACCCUCCCGUGCUUGUUCCCUUUGCAAAGUGACCGGUCCUGCAGCAUCUGAUCGGCGGGUGCGUGCGUGUGUGUGUGUGUGUGUGUGUGUGUGUGUGAGCCAGAGAGCCAGCUACAAGCAAAGAGGGGGAGAAGAUCUCCAGCCGAGAGACUUCUUAAUUGCUCCGAGCUGCUCUGCCAUCCAGCCAUGUGAGUACCCAGCCAUGAUCACCUUUUGCACAGAUGGUCACUGAAAUCAGGCACAGACACUUUUUGCCUUUUUUUUUUAAUCCUUCUUUCCCUUUCUCUUCCUUUAUCUCCCCGCUUCCUUUCCACCUCUUCCCUCCUCUAGGUUUUUUUUUCCUUUCUUUUUAGUUGUAGUUUGCGCGGUUUCUCCCUCCCGAAGAGGAAGAAUGAACCGUAGGCAAAUGUCAAGGGGGAAAUGUGCUGGAGAAAAAGGAAAGAAGGAGUGGUGAAGGAGGGAGGAGGAGGAGGGUUUUGCUAAGCGAUCGCCUUCUCCCCUGAGUUCGAGCCGGCUGGGAAUUAGCAACAGAAAGAUAAGGCAGGUUAUAUCCCCCUCCUCCCUUUCCCCAGCUCUGCUUUUCGACCCCUAGACAAUGAUACAAGUCUGGAGAGGGGGAUCGAUGUAUAGGAAUUUGGGAAAGGAGGGAGGCUUGAUAACAACCGCGUGUUUAAAGAAGUGGCUGUCAGACAGCUUGUGCAGACCGGCAGGUAGGGAGGGAUGCAGCUUGCCCAGGAGCCCGGGCUCCGGGAGCACAGCUGGGAAGGAGAAGGCACAUCGCACAGUGUGCUCUCCAGGCUCCGCGCCGUCUCAGCCCGCUCCGUGCACGGGGACGAUGGCCAGACGUCCGGCCCCUGCCUGCAUGCUUUCCAAGGCAUCCUCCAGCCUCAGUGUGACCCCAGAAGUGAAGUCAAGCCCCACACGGUGCAUUUUAAGAAAUUGCCCAGUUGACUCAGGAAGGGGGAAAUUGCGAUGUGAGAUAGGGAAUGUGGCUCUUGGGAACAUGGCUGGAGAGGUAUGGGGGAUGCAAAGCCUGCUAGGGACCCCGGGGGUGUGUGAAAAGUGGGGAUUUGCUUACAGCAGGGAAAGGCACUUUUCUCCAACAAUACUUGAGCUCUGAUCGUGCACUCCCAGGGCAGGGUAGCACUACACGAGCAGAGUCAGGGUUAUCCAGGGCAUGAGGCAGUGCUCCCGGGAUGUAACCUCUCUGGCCGUUUAAACACAAAGAAGAGGGAGAGAAGGAGUUUCACUUGGAAAUCCAGAGAGCACGGCUUCUCUGCAGAAUGUCAAGCAAAGAUCGACACAUUGAUUCUAGCUGUUCGUCAUAUAUCAAGACGGAACCAUCAAGCCCCGCCUCUUUGACGGACAGCAUCAACCACCACAGCCCUGGUGGCUCUUCAGACGCCAGUGGGAGCUAUAGUUCAACCAUGAAUGGACAUCAGAAUGGGCUGGACUCGCCACCCCUCUACCCUUCCGCCACGGGGCUUGGAGGCAACGUGCCAGUCAGGAAACGAUAUGAUGACUGCUCCAGUACCAUUGCUGAAGAUUCACAGACCAAGUGUGAAUAUAUGCUGAACUCGAUGCCCAAAAGACUGUGUUUGGUGUGUGGUGAUAUUGCAUCAGGGUACCACUAUGGGGUGGCUUCCUGUGAGGCCUGCAAGGCUUUCUUCAAGAGGACAAUUCAAGGUAACAUAGAAUACAGCUGCCCAGCAACGAAUGAAUGUGAAAUCACAAAGCGCAGACGCAAAUCCUGCCAAGCCUGCCGCUUCAUGAAGUGUCUAAAAGUUGGCAUGCUGAAAGAAGGGGUCCGUCUAGACAGAGUACGUGGAGGUCGCCAGAAGUACAAGCGCAGAAUAGAUGCAGAGAAUAGCCCAUACCUGAACCCUCAGCUAGUUCAGCCAGCAAAAAAGCCAUAUAACAAGAUUGUCUCUCAUUUACUGGUGGCUGAACCAGAGAAGAUCUAUGCCAUGCCUGACCCCACUGUUCCAGACAGCGACAUCAAAGCGCUCACCACCCUUUGUGACCUGGCAGACAGAGAAUUGGUGGUCAUCAUUGGAUGGGCUAAGCAUAUUCCAGGUUUCUCCACUUUGUCUCUGGCUGACCAGAUGAGCCUUCUGCAGAGUGCUUGGAUGGAGAUUUUGAUUCUGGGUGUUGUAUACCGAUCACUGUCUUUUGAAGAUGAGCUUGUCUAUGCUGAAGAUUAUAUAAUGGAUGAAGAGCAGUCCAAAUUGGCAGGCCUUCUUGACCUCAACAACGCCAUCCUGCAGCUGGUAAAGAAAUACAAGAGCAUGAAGCUGGAGAAAGAAGAGUUUGUCACCCUCAAAGCUAUAGCGCUUGCUAAUUCAGACUCAAUGCACAUAGAGGAUGUUGAAGCAGUUCAGAAACUUCAAGAUGUCUUACAUGAGGCUCUGCAGGAUUACGAGGCUGGUCAACAUAUGGAAGACCCACGUCGAGCUGGCAAAAUGCUGAUGACUCUCCCGCUUCUGAGGCAAACCUCCACUAAGGCGGUGCAGCAUUUCUACAACAUCAAACUGGAAGGCAAAGUUCCCAUGCACAAACUUUUUUUGGAAAUGCUGGAGGCCAAGGUUUGACUAAAGCAUCAUGGGCCUUCCCAUCAUGCACGUUGAAAAAAAAAAGGGAAAAUAAACAGGAUAAUAAUGGCAAAGAAACUUAGUGUUUAAUUAAGAAAAAAAAAUGACUGCACUGAUAUUAGCAGCAAGACUGUGAAGCAGCUUUCAGCUCUUUCUUCUGUGUCUAUCUGAUGCAGUUUUCCUUUUUCUUUUCUCUCUUUCCCUUUUCUGUUCUUUUAGUUUUUUUCUUUUUCUUUUCUUUUUUUUUCCUUUGCUGCUGAACUUUUUAAAAGAGGUCUCUAAUUGAAGAGAGAUGGAAGCCAGGCCUGCCAAAGGAUGGAAAUCCAUAAUAUGGAUGCCAGUGAACUUAUUAUGAACCAUAAUGUCCCCAAUGACAAAGGAAUCAAAGAGAGAACCAUCGUACCUAGCAGUACAGUACAACACGAUGAACUGACUGAAUGCAGUAUUAGAUUUCAUAGGAGCAGUCUCUAAUUAGACGACUAAGCGACGAUGCAUCGGCUGCUUCUUAUCAUUGCAUUUUCCAUCUAGAUCAGUUACAGCCAUUUGAUUCCUUAAUUGUUUUUUCAAGUCUUCCAGAUAUUUCUUAGGUUAGCUACGAUGUAACUUUUUCAGGGAAUAGUUUAAGCUUUAUUCAUUCAUGCAAUACUAAAGAGAAAAAAAUACUGCAUUAUUGUGCUGGCUUGAACAAUGAUGAACAAUAAUGAAGGACAAAUGAAUCCUGAAGGAAGAUUUUUUUAACUGUUUUGUUUCUUCUUACUAAUGGAGAUUUUUUUGUACCAGCUUUACCACUUUUCAGCCAUUUAUUAAUGUGGGAAUUUAUCUUACUAAAGCAAUAGUUGAAGGGAAGGUGCAUAUUAUCACGGAUGCAAUUUAUGUUGUGUGCCAGUCUGGUCCAAAACAUCCAGUUUCUUAACAUGAGCUCCAGUUUAUAACUAAAUGUUCACUGACUGAAAGGAUUAGAUUACACCUACAGUAUAUCUGAGUAGUCUAAUAUAUACAUACUCCAUAUUGAAUACAAAUCUGUAAAGAUGUUAGGAAAAUGCGACCGUAUAUAAGUACAAUCGCUACAUGAUCUCUAACUGCUUCAGUUGUAAACAAAUGAGAUACUGCCUGUUAUUUGCAAAAUUACAAAGUUCUUACAUGAAGACCUGUGAACCAAUAAUAACUUAGAGGCAAUAAGGCAAAUGCCAGGGUUUGCAAAAUUAAGAAAUCAGAAUAGUAGACUUCUGACCAAAAUCAAGAAUUUAACACUUCUACACUAUAUCUAUUAAUUUAAACUUUAUUUUGUAAAUUGCAAUCUUUAACAAGUAGCUAAACCAGUAUAUGUGCUUUUCAACCAGUAUUGUCACAGCAUGGAAGUCAGACAGUUUCAAGACUGUUAAGAGGUGUAAUCUAAUGUAUAAACUAAUUAGAUGCCCCCAGAAAACUACAGUCGCUAAAUAAA